UAUCUAAGGCAAAUUAUUUGAUCAACUAUCAAGUAGUGCAAAGCAAAAGGCCCAAAUUUCUAACUGAUACCAACAGAUGAUGUCUAGGUACUGGGUACCCUUGGUCUUCUUUCUCCUAGUUAUCCUACAAUUCUCAUCUUCCAUCUCCAAACCAAUUUCCAAUCCUAGGUUUCCAUGUAAGCCUCCUCAGGACACCUACACCUUCUGUGACACUUCCCUCUCCAUCGCCACAAGAGCUCACUCUCUCAUCUCUCACCUAACCCUCCAAGAGAAGAUAAAGCAAUUAGCAAACAAUGCAUCCGCGAUCCCAAGACUUGGCAUCCCAAGUUAUGAAUGGUGGUCUGAGUCUCUUCAUGGGAUUGCCACCAAUGGACCUGGUGUCUCCUUCAAUGGGACUAUUUCCUCUGCCACUGGCUUCCCUCAGGUUCUUGUCACUGCUGCUUCUUUCAAUAGGAGUCUCUGGUUCUUGAUUGGAUCUGCCGUAGCCAUUGAGGCUAGAGCUAUGUAUAAUGUGGGGCAAGCUGGGUUAACAUAUUGGGCUCCUAAUAUUAAUAUAUUUAGGGAUCCCAGAUGGGGGAGAGGCCAAGAAACACCUGGAGAAGAUCCCAUGGUUGCUUCUGCUUAUGCUAUUGAGUUUGUGAGGGGAUUCCAGGGCGGUGAUUGGAAGGUUGGUGGUGGUCGUCAGAGCAGAAUUGGAUUUGGAGGGAAGAGGGUUUUGGGAGAGGAAGGUAGUAGUGGCGAUGGGCUUAUGCUGUCUGCUUGCUGCAAGCAUCUCACCGCUUAUGACUUGGAGAAAUGGGGGAAUUUCAGUAGAUACAGCUUCAAUGCUGUGGUUUCAGAACAAGAUUUGGAAGAUACAUAUCAGCCACCAUUUCAGAGUUGUAUCCAAGAAGGUAAAGCUAGCUGCUUAAUGUGCUCCUACAAUCAAGUAAAUGGGGUGCCUACCUGUGCACAUAAGGAUUUUCUGCAAAAAGCUAGAACUGAAUGGGGCUUCAAAGGAUACAUCGCCUCAGAUUGUGGUGCUGUCUCUUGCAUUACUGAAUAUCAGAAUUAUACAAAAACUCCAGAGGAUGCAGUUGCUGAUGUUCUUAGAGCAGGAGUGGAUAUUGAUUGUGGAUCAACAAUGCUUCGCUAUACUCAAUCUGCAAUUGAUGAAGGGAAGGUGGUAGAAGAGGAUAUUGACAGAGCUCUCUUCAACCUUUUCUCCAUUCAACUGCGUCUGGGGAUAUUUAAUGGAGACCCUAGGAAAGGGCGAUUUAGGAAUCUGGGACCUCAGAAUGUUUGUACUCCAGAGCACAAGAGACUAGCGCUUGAAGCAGCCAGGCAGGGUAUUGUGCUCCUUAAAAAUGAGAAGAAAUUCUUGCCUUUGAACAAGAAUGUUGUGUCUUCAUUAGCUAUUGUUGGUCCGAUGGCUAACAACAUAAGCAAUAUGGGUGGUGGCUAUUCAGGAAAUCCAUGUGAACCAAAGAGCCUUUUUGAAGGAAUUAAAGCCUACGUAGAGAAGACAUAUCAUGCAGCCGGCUGCUCUGAUGUAGCUUGUAAUUCCAAUGUUGGAUUCAAAGAAGCUAUUGUUAUAGCAGAAGAAUCUGAUAUUGUAAUCAUAGUCAUGGGGUUGGAUUUGUCGCAGGAAACCGAAGAUCUUGAUCGAGUUAGCCUUCUUUUACCUGGUAAUCAAAUGACUCUAGUAUCUAAUGUUGCAGCUGCAAGUAUAAAACCUGUGAUUCUAGUUCUUACUGGUGGAGGUCCCCUUGACGUUUCAUUUGCUGAAAAAGACCCAAAAAUCGCUAGCAUUCUCUGGAUUGGGUAUCCCAGUGAGGCCGGUGGGAAAGCUCUUGCAGAAAUUAUCUUUGGAGAUCACAAUCCUGCUGGAAGACUGCCAAUGACUUGGUAUCCCGAGUCAUUUUCCAAGGUACCUAUGAAUGAUAUGAACAUGCGAGCAGAUCCUUCUCGUGGGUAUCCUGGAAGAACCUAUCGAUUUUACACUGGUGAUCAGGUGUAUGGAUAUGGUCAAGGGUUGAGCUACAGCAAUUUCACUUACAAGUUUUUGUCAGCUCCACCAAGCAGAUUAAGUUUACUGAGGAAGAACAUAUUACGCCAGGCAGAAGAAAAACUGGAGUACAUGCUAAUUGAUGAGGUUACUUCAUGCGAUUCAUUGAGAUUCUACGUGCAGAUAUUGGUGAAAAAUGUUGGAGACAUGGAUGGAAGCCAUGUUGUAUUGUUAUUCUCCAGAAUGCCAAGAGUCGUUGCAGGGACUCCAGGUAAACAACUAAUCGGAUUUGAUCGAGUGCAUACUACUUCAUCCGGGACUACUGAGAUGAGUGUUUUAGUUGAUCCUUGUAAACAUCUUAGCAUUGCAAACGAGCACGGAAAAAGGUUAAUUCCAUUGGGUGAUCAUGUUCUACUUCUGGGAGAUCUGGAGCAUUUAGUUUCAGUUGAAACUCAAUAGGCCAAUUUGUUAUUCAGAAAUCAGAAUAAUGCUCUCAUUGCAUUUGUUCAAUCACAACUUUCAUACAAAGCUCGCCCUUUAAUGAGGCGAAUAUUGUAUUGUUUCCUGAAGUUGUGAAGAUUCAGCGAAAAGAAAAAAUUCAUUCACCAAUCACCAGCUUUGCUGUUGUCUCUGUUUAAGGUUUCUGUGGCCAGUACAAGAUCAAGAGAGACACAAAGAGUGCAUAGCGUGAAUCACUGGGUGAUUGAAUGCUAUACCCAAGAGUACAGUUUUCACCCGCAGUUUUUAUAUAUGUAUCGUUGUGCUUAAAACCGUAGGUACAUGUGUUAUCUGUUGUAAUGCAAGUUUCUAUUUUCUUCUUAAAAUUUUAAUAAUAACUUCUAUACAACAGUAACUACAUCAAUAACAAAUAGCCUUUGGUGAUCAUCGUUAUUA